CUUAAUUGUUUAUUAGCCGUUCUUUUUCAAGUUGCAAUCGCCAAACCAAAAAAAAAAUUGAAAUCAAUUUCUUUGGAGAAUGACGAGUUGCCGUGCAUAAUUGUCCGAAACUCGACAGCUGUUUUAGUUUAAUUGUUUUUGUUUUAAUUUUGAAAUAAUACCAGAUAUUGAGCUGUAAUCUAGCUAUAAUUAUGUAUGACUAACCGGUUAUUUCUUGCCUUAACUUGUUUAACUCCCCUAAGAAAGAAAAAAGCGUUUGGUUUGAAGUAAACGUUCUUAACAUUGGCUUGAAUUGACUUGGCUUGAAAAUGCAUCAUUGAUCGAUCGUUUGAACAUGUGGCAGGCGACGGACGUUUUUUCGUUUGCUUCGGCUCCAAAUCCAAAAAGUCUUGAGACACGAAGAAAAACUAUAAAACCGUUCGCCGGACAGGCAUACAAUUCAGUCUAAUGUGCUUUCGAACGGUGUCAAGAGCCAGAACCGCAGUUCUCAAUGUGCUGGUGUGUGUGUCGCGUACUUACAUCGUCAGACAGUGUUAGUGCUAAGAUUUUCCUUAACGAAUAUUCGAAUGGAUAUUUAAACUUAAAAUAAACCGCAAUUGCCAGCAUAAAACCAUAAAUUAAAGUGGAAACUAAAACAAACAAACAAAAAAGUUACAACAACAACACAUUGUUAAUUAACAUUGCCAAUUAUCAUUGUCAAUUCUUACAAGCAAAAAAAGUAACAAAACACACACAUAUUUUGAAAACAAAAAACUAAAUAAAAUAUGACUGUUAACAACAAUCAGGGUCGUCGUGCAUCGACGAAGGAUGACACAAACGGUUUUGUCAAUGUUGCAUUUACCCACGACGAAAGAUCGGGAGAAAAUGUCAUUCGACGUAAAAGUGGCAACUCCAACUCCCUUGAAUUGGAUAAUGGCACAACACUGUCAACGAGUGCGGUUCCUGCUGUUAACAGCGCUGCAGCUCCCAUCGAUUUUGAUGAUAUUUUACCAAUGAUUGGUGAAUUUGGUAAAUAUCAGAAAAUCCUGUUCAUCUGCAUGAUACCGUUUGCCUUCUUUGUGGCUUUCAUAUAUUUUUCGCAAAUAUUUUUGACUUUAAUACCGGAACAACAUUGGUGUAGUGUACCCGAAUUGGAGAGUUUACCAUUGGCGGAAAGACUUGCUCUUUCCAUACCACGCAUGGACAAUGGCGACUACGACAACUGCCUAAUGUAUAAUGUCAAUUAUACGGAUCUGCUGGCUAAGGGCAUACGAAAGGCAGAUCCCAAAUGGCCAACGGUGGGUUGUAUGCAUGGUUGGUCCUAUAACUUCACCGAAAUCCCCUACACAACUGUGGCAACGGAAGAGAAUUGGGUGUGUGACAAUGACACUCUGCCCACAUACGCUCAGUCGAUAUUUUUUCUUGGUGCCAUAGUUGGAGGUCUUCUGUUUGGUUGGAUUGCUGAUAAAUUUGGACGUAUUCCAUCGUUGAUUGGCUGCAAUCUGGUUGGGUUUGCAGCGGGUGUAGCCACAGCCUUCAUUUCUAAAUUUUGGCAAUUCGCCAUUAUGCGAUUUUUUGUGGGAUUUGCCUUCGACAAUUGUUUUACCAUGAUGUAUAUUUUAGUUUUGGAAUACGUUGGUCCACGUUAUCGCACAUUUGUAGCUAAUAUGUCUAUAGCAAUAUUCUUUACAAUGGCAGCAUGUAUGUUACCCUGGAUCGCCUACUAUUUAGCAAAUUGGAGGAUUUUGGCUGUUGUUACUUCAGCUCCACUAUUGCUGGCUGUGUUUACACCUCUUGUAGUACCCGAGUCCGCAAGAUGGUUGGUUUCCCAGGGCAAAGUGGACAAGGCUGUAUCUAUUUUGAAGAAAUUGGAAAAGGUUAAUGGAAAACACAUUUCUCCCGAGACAUAUCAAAAUUUCACCGAUAGUUGUUUGAAACUCCGCCAAGAGGAGACAACCAAUCAGUCGCAUUCCAUAAUGGACUUAUUCAAGACCCCACGCCUAAGACGCACCACAAUAUUACUUAUUAUUAUUUGGAUGGCUAUUUCCUUGGUGUUUGAUGGCCACGUACGUAAUGUGGGUUCUUUAGGAUUGGAUAUCUUCUUUACAUUUACCGUUGCCAGUUUCACUGAAUUCCCAGCUGAUACGUUAUUGACUCUAACACUGGAUCGCUUUGGUCGUAGAUGGUUGGCUUGUGGAAGUAUGGUCUUGAGUGGUAUAUUCAGUCUUUUGGCCACAAUUGCCCCAGUGGGGGUUUAUUCGGCAAGUUUGGCCAUUGUUGGACGGUUCUUUGUAAACAUAUCCUACAAUAUUGGUCUGCAAUAUGCUGCUGAAAUUCUACCUACGGUGGUAAGAGCUCAGGGAGUUGCAUUUAUACAUAUAAUGGGUUAUGUGGCCUCAAUUAUUGCCCCAUUUGUUGUCUACCUCACAUAUAUCUCACCCAUGUUACCCUUGAUCAUUUUGGGUAUUUUGGGAAUAGCCGGUGGUCUUUUAUCUCUGUUGCUGCCAGAAACUUUAGACCAUGAUCUACCUCAAACCUUGAGUGAUGGCGAGGAGUUUGGACGUGGCCAAAGCAUAUGGGAUUUCCCAUGUCUGGCCAAGAAAAUUGAUGAAUCCAACGAUCUUGAAGUAAGAAGUCCACACUUUGUUCGCUCCACACAAAGUGGUGCCUCAUUGCGCGCCUCCACAGGUGGUGAACUAAGAUCCAGCAUUUUACAACGUUCCACCAGAUCUCGUUAUACGUCAAAAUUGUAAAUAAAAAUGUGAAUAGGAAUUAAUUAAUGACAACAUUCUCCGCAUAACGGAGCAAGGUUAUGAUUUACGACAUCCAAUAAACAUAAAUACUAAUUAAAUCUAGAUGCAUACAUGUAUGUACGAUCGGAGUAAUGUGAAACACCUGGCGUCAAUAGGAAGCUUUCGUUGGACAAGUAAAUAAAUGCAUUGCGGCCGAUAUAUUAGUGUCAACUAAUUGCAUUUCUACAAUAAAAGUCAACGCUAAUCACCACACGCAUUGUCAAUAAGCUUUUAAGUGGUUUACUCUUCAGCAUUGUUCAUUUGAUGUAUAGAUAUAAUUACGUGUAUAAAAUAAGAAUAGAAAGUAACGUGUUAUAUAUCGAUUUGUGUUUAAUCAUAUUCAUUAUUAAGGUUUUAGAAUCGCUCUGAUAGCAUCAGAUCUCUUUAAUAAUGAAAAAGAUCCAAGUUGAGCGACAUAUUACAGAAAGUAUUUUAUUAACUUGAAAUUUAGCAUAAUCUCUUGCAUGAGAAAUUUACCCACAAUUGACGGAAACAAUAAAUCCAACUUAAUUUACGGAUAUUAGUAAAGGCAUUUAAAAGUGACAUACAUAUGUGACAACCACUGUAAUUGUAUAUUUUAUAGUUAUUACAAGAAUAUAUUUCUAAUGUAUAUUUAUUAAUUGUACCUGCCCAGUCUAUCGUUUAUAUCAUUUGAUAUAGGCGCAAUAGAUGAAUGGAAUGACCAUUGAGCUAAACACAAUAUCAUCUCUGGUAAACUCUGUACAAUUGUGAUAUUAGUAUUAUUGUAAAUUUAAAUUUUUUUAAGCAUUUAAAAUUGAAAUAUGUUUAUUUUAACAAAUCAAUUAUAUUUUUACUAAAUAUAAAUUAUAAAUAGACAAAACUUUAUAUUCAAAAUUGUUUUCAAUAAACAUUUUACUUUAAUAAA